AUGAUUGAUAAUGAAGCUCUUGGACUCAUUGUACCAAGCAUAGAUUUACCAGAAUCUCCACAUUAUUGGAUCGAUCAUGUUAAGGCGUUUUUUAUGAAUGCUGAUGAUAAUAAGCAAUGCGCGUUAAAUAGCUUAAGAGAAGAUGUCGGAAAGAAAUAUGAAGAAACCCAAAAUUAUGAAAAUUGGAUGUUUAAUUUACAUCAAAUCUACCUUGGACUUUUUUCAAGAUUUCACGCUGAAAUUGAUGAAGAAACUUUAUUUAAAAUGCAAGAAUAUUAUGAUUAUGAAUACAAAAAAUUGAAGAUUGAAAUCGAAAGUAAUCCUUUUUUGGUACAGGAUUGGCAGCAAUAUUAUAAAUCAAGAAUUUUACAAAUCGCCCAAAGAAUUUAUAAUAAUCUCACAAGCACCAAUUUUCCUAAUUUUCCGCCUACACUGGUUCCAUCAAAGGACAAAUUUUUGAAAAAUAUAACUAAAAAACAAAAAAUAAUCGUUAAAUGUUUAAAGUAA